AUGUCCGGCAUUUAUACAGGUUUGCAGGCCCGAAUAAAAACAUUAAGCCCCUUAGCUUAUUUUGUACCAUGCUCUGCGCACUCUUUAAAUCUAGUAGGAACAUCUGCCGCUGAAUUUUGUAGUAAUGCAUCUUCAUUUUUUGGACUUAUUCAACAACUUUACAAUUUUUUCACAGCAUCUACUCAUAGAUGGAAUACUUUACACGACAAUAUGAAGCAAAACUCAUACACACUUAAAUCUUUAUUAAUAACUAGAUGGUCGGCUCGCGCGGAUGCAUGUAGAGCUUUAAAUGCAUCAUGGUCAGAAAUAAUAAACUCAUUAUUACUUAUUAAAAAUAAUGAAAACGAAAAAUGCAUUACCAGAAACAAAGACAAAGGUCUAUAUAAAAGUUUACAAUCUUUGGAAACUGCAUUUUUGACCGUUUUUUGGACAUAUGUAUUAGAUCAGUUAAAUAUAACUAACAAAACUUUACAAGGUACUGCAAUUGAUAUUGGUACAGCUUCAAAGUUAUAUGCAUCGCUUAUUAAUCUUAUUCAAGAAACUCGGGAUAGUUUUGACUAUUUUGAAGAACAAGCAAAAACUAUGUCAGGAAUUGAAUUAUAUCAAGAUACAAAGACCCGUUUUAAAAAGAGGAAAGUAUUUUAUGAUGAAAAAAGCGAUACUGAUACAUCAAUGAAUGGCCGAGAAAAGUUUAAAAUAUUUACAUUUUAUGUGGUUAUUAAUCGAAUAGCAAGUGAAUUAGAAAAACGGCGACAGGCUUAUGAUUUUUACUACACUAAAUUUAUCGUACUCCACAAGCUUAUUUCUUUAAGUGUUUCGGAAAUUAUAGAAUAUGCCAAUAAGUUACAAGAAUGUUACAAAGAUGAUAUUGAAAAAGCAUUUUCAACAGAAUGUAUACAUUUUAAAUCCUAUUUGGAAUCUUCAAAUAAACAAAUAAAUUGCAUUUUUCCUUUACAAAUGUGUAAGUUAUUACGAGAAGAUUCUCUUACGGACGUGUAUCCUAAUAUAGAUAUUGCACUUAGAAUAUAUGUUUAUACUCCAAUUUCUAACUGUACUACUGAGCGUUCUUUUUCAUGUCUUAAACGAAUCAAAAAUUAUUUAAGAUCGACUAUGGGUACUACAAAACUCAAUAGUUUGGCUAUAUUGAAUAUUGAAGCGGAUUUACUGUCGACUUUAAAUUGCGAUGAUUUAAUUGAUGCAUUUGCUGAGGAAAAAAGUAGAAGAAAAAGUUAA